AUGCUGCAGGCACUGACUGGACUACAGUUUCAGCUCAGAGGAAGGCUACAGGAUCAAGAGUGGACAGACAAGCACCCUCGAGAAGAAGCCCAUGCACAUUAUUCACAGUGUCAUAUGCCAGUUUCACAGUAUCCUGGGUUCAAUGGAUUUUUUCCAGUGGGAACACCCUUUUCAUCAGACAAAGCUCCAGCAAUCUCAGAGGUACAAACACACUUGGAAAAUCAGUCUAGAUACCACAUACAGCAAAGCCAGAGGCACCAGGUGAAGCAGUACCUGACCCUCGAUACCAAGCUGUCCAGCCAGACGCUCUCCCUGUCCCACUCCCACACAAUCCAGCCUGCGGGAGUGACCUCCAUUUUAAGAAACGGACACAUGCCUCCCGUCAGUGAUAUUGGCACACCAGAAAGCCCCGUUACCAAGCUGCUGGCCCUUGGAGGCGAACACGAAAAUGCGAUGGAAGAGGUGAUUGAAGACAUAAUCAAUAUGGAAUCAAGUUUUAAUGAUGAAGGGAUAGGUUGUUCUGAGACUCCUCUACUAAUGCAAAGAACUCUAUCUAGCAGCAUUUUGGAUAUAUAUAACAGUGACCAGGGAAUGGCACCAGCUAAUAUGGGUCUCACAAAUGCUUCUUGCCCAGCUAAUCUACCUGUAAAAAGGGAACUCACAGAAGCAGAUACACGAGCAAUGGCAAAGGAGAGACAAAAAAAGGAUAACCACAAUCUCAUUGAGAGAAGAAGAAGGUAUAAUAUUAAUUACCGAAUCAAGGAGCUUGGCACACUCAUUCCCAAGUCUAAUGAUCCUGAUAUGCGCUGGAACAAAGGAACUAUUUUAAAAGCAUCAGUGGAGUACAUCAAGUGGCUACAAAAAGAACAACAGAGAGCCAGAGAAUUAGAACACAGGCAGAAGAAAUUAGAGCAUGCUAACAGAAGACUUCUACUCCGAAUUCAGGAACUAGAGAUCCAGGCACGUGCACACGGCCUUCCUAUCAUGUCUUCACUCAGUGCUGUCGAUUUAGCUGCAGAGGUCAUCAAGCAACAGUCUUAUCCAGAGGAGAACUCUGUAGACUACUCUCAACAAAUGCCUCUGGCACAUGGACCAAAUUCUGAUGUUUGUGAUGGAUCCACAGCCUUUUCUGAUCCACUUUCACACUUCACAGAUUUGUCCUUCAGCGCAGCUUUAAAAGAAGAACAACGGCUAGAGGAAAUUUUACUGGAUGACACAGUGUCACCAUUUGGAACAGACCCACUCUUGUCCUCUGCAUCCCCAGCCGCAUCGAAAGAGAGCAGCAGGAGAAGCAGCUUUAGCACAGAUGAUGGAGAUGAUUUAUAA